AUGUCAAAUAAAUUUCAUUGUGACGUGUGCUCAUCGGACUGUACGCACCGUGUUAGAAUAUCAUGUGCUGUUUGUCCCGAGUAUGACUUGUGUGUGCCUUGUUUCUCCCAAGGUCUAUACAACGGUAACCACAGGCCUUUUCAUGAUUAUAGAAUAAUAGAAACGAACUCAUACCCUAUAUUAUGCCCAGAUUGGGGUGCUGAUGAAGAACUUGCAUUGAUAAAAGGUGCCCAAUCAUUAGGUCUGGGUAAUUGGCAUGAUAUUGCCGAGCAUAUAGGAAGUCGAGAGAAAGAUGAAGUGAGAGACCAUUACAUCGAGUACUACAUCAACAGUCCAUUUUACCCGAUCCCUGAUAUCACAAAAGAUAUACAGGUCCCACAGGAAGAAUUCCUGAAUGAAAGAAAGACGAGAAUAGAGAAAUUUAGAGAUAGGCCAUUAGAGCCUCCGAAGAAGCCAAUGGCCUCCGUGCCGUCUUGUCAUGAGGUGCAAGGUUUCAUGCCUGGUAGACUGGAAUUUGAGACAGAGUUCGAGAACGAAGCAGAGGGACCUGUUAAGGACAUGGUCUUUGAACCAGAUGAUCAACCUUUGGAUCUGGAGUUGAAAUUUGCCAUUUUAGAUAUAUAUAGUUCGAGAUUGACAGUUCGUGCUGAAAAGAAAAGACUGUUGUUUGAGAAUAAGUUGAUGGAAUAUAGGAAACUACAAAACAUUGAUAAAAAGAGGAGCAAGGAGGCAAAGGAUCUAUAUAACAAGAUCAAGGCAUUUGCAAGAGUGAUGACAGCACAAGAUUUUGAAGAGUUCAGUAAAGAUAUUCUAGAAGAACUGCAAUGCAGAACUAGAAUACAUCAACUACAGGAAUGGAGAAGUAAAGGCUUAACCACGCUUGAAGCGGGAUUAAAAUAUGAAAGGGACAAACAAAGUAGAAUAUCGACUUUGGAAAGACUAGGUAAUUAUGGCGAUGCGUCAUUGGGUAAUUUGGGGUCAAGUCAGGCAGGUACACCGGGUGUUGCUGGAACAAGGUAUAGAUCUACCCCUGGACACAGAUCAAACACUGAUUAUUCCCAAAAUGGUACUGAUUCCAAUGGUAAAAAGAAAGGCAUUACUAUUAGUGACAUACAGCACGCAUCUGAUUACGGUUUGCUAUCACCCGAAGAACAACAACUAUGUAUCCAACUGAAGAUACUUCCAAAACCAUACCUAGCAAUAAAGGAAGUGAUGUUCAGAGAACUAUUGAAAACGGGAGGUUCGAUGCCCAAAAAGAACUGCAGAGACUUACUCAAUAUUGAUCCAGUUAAGGCAAAUAGAAUAUACGACUUCUUUCAACUACAGCAUUGGAUAUGA